AUGGACAGAAUUUUUUUUCCUAACCGUGCUUUUUUUUGGGCAUUUUGGGUUGCUAUUAUUUUUAUUUUUGGGAUGAUUGGAUAUCUUAUUAUGGACACAUUUGAUUAUAUGAAUAUAUCUUUUUUUAAUACAUUUGUAACCAAUAUGAUCUAUGUUCUUCUUGCAAGUUUAUUCGUAAUAUGUGCUACAUUACAAUUCUUUGCUAUUUAUUAUAUGAAUAAAGAUGUUGAACGAUACUAUACUAUGAUUAUAUCUUGUCUAUUUGAUAAAAUUGGAGCUCAUGCUUAUCUAUUUGGUGCAAUAUUAACAGUAGUAGAUUCUACAAAAGUAGA